UUCACCCGGAAAACAACACUAACUGUCGUCUAUGCCUUUUUACUGGAGAUGAUUUAUAAAUAUAUUAACUAAAACAGUUGAUAUGGCUUCUUGGAAAUCACGACGUCCAAAUGAAGGCGUUUUUCUUGAAAUUUUGUGACGUGACGAUCUUCACUGCUACACCGACAACAUCGUGCUGAACAUGAGGCUAUCAAAAUGGUCGAUUGACUACUAUUUCUUCUCAUUUCUGUUUUUUUGUGGGAGCAUUUGCAGUGUUGUCAGUCAAAUCACUUAUGUCAAACGUGAAUCUGGUGGCGACAAAUUUGGACCUGUACUUACUCCGGGUACGAACUGCGAUACCAUGUAUGGUGCAUUCGCUCAUGGGAAUUCAGGGUGCGAAUGUCCUUCUGGCAAAACCACGUUUAUCUCCUUCAACAACUCCUGUGUUCAAAACUCUUUCAUUAAAACGAAUUUUGGCUGCCAAAAUACAUACAACAUAAUAACAAAUAGUAUACUAGUAUUUGAUUUGGACCAGAACUCCGCAGGUAGUUUUGGUAACCAAAUCAAGAGUAUAAGAAAUAAGAAUGGAAUGAAGUGCUCUGUGGAUAAUGUUCAGUAUAUUAUUGGAGACAAUGGAAUCUUGAUGCAGUAUGGAUUCUCUGAUGUAUUUGCCAUUGAUACCAACAACAAGGGAUUAUCAUGGAACAAGACUAUGAUGUCACAAAGAGGCAGUCUGCAUGGUAGAAUAAUCAGACUUCAAACUAAAAACUGCAAAUUCACUCUUAGAACUAAUGCAGUGAAAAUGAAUCCCUGUAUUUUUUUUAAAUCAAAAGGAACAGUAACUAUUUUCACUUCUACAACUGCAGUUAAAUCCUCAACUGCAUCGUCCAUUAAAACUGAUGCAACAACAGCAUAUUCUACUUCAGCAUUGUCAUGGGCUUCAUUACAAUCAGUUACUCCAACCAAAACUCGGCAUGUAACAUCAACACGUGCCAGUACUUUGGUGAUGACCUCUGUGGCUACACCACAACUUUCAAGUACACGACAUGUAGUUGUAUUUACUACUACUCCAACUUUUAUUCCCGUCACUUCAUCAGCAAUACCAACUAAGCCGUCAAACCCAGCAGACAACAAAGGACAAAAGGAUGAGCAAUCAGGUGCACCUGUAGAAGCUAUUGUGGGAACUGUAGCUGGCAUACUUGUUAUUGUCAUUGCAAUCAUACUUAUUUUCUUUUGGAGAAGAAGAAAAAGAGAAAAUACAAGAAAAAGUAGUAAAGCAGGAAAUGAUAACCCCACAUAUGGUAAAAAUGAAACAAUUGAUUUAUCAAAACGAAAGCAAGUUCCAAAUAUCACAGGUAAUGAAUUGGAGUAUGAUUAUGCAGCUGCAGAUGGUGACCCUCGUGCCUCUAAUGGUGCAGCGCCAGGAAUAUAUCAGAGUUUGAUCAAAGAUCCUAACAGAGAAUCAGUUUAUACUCCUCUGGAAAGACAGGAGACAAAUGAAUACAACAAAGUAGAAAGGGCACCAUUCAAACCAGCUCGUAAUGGUCCUACAGAUCCAACAUACAAUGUCCUUGAAAGACCCAGUGACAACAAUGAUGACUACUUAGAACCAGGGUCCCAUAUUGAUAAGAACAAAAGGCCCCCUUCUAAACCGGCCCCUCAAAAUAAUGAGCCUGUGUAUAAUGUCCUUGAGGGCCCUAAUCMAGARGGUGAGGAUGAGCCUGAGUAYAAUGUACUGGAAGAUCCUGAUGSGCAGGAUGAUCCAGARUAUAAUGUCCUAGAGGACCCAGAUGACAACUAUGAUAAUGCCCCAGUAGAGACAGCUAGGGGACAUCCUUCAUCUCAUGAUAAUGUUGGCUAUGCAUCAACAAUUGACUUUAAGAAAAGGCAGGGCACCAAAAAUGAACCAGUGUAUGAAGCUCCUGAAGGCCCAUCAUCUGAGCUAACAUACCAGCCCCUACAGAUAAAUGGCCAAGAUAAUGUUUAUCAACCAUUGGAUCGUACAUCAAGAACGAUUCCUGAUGACCAGCCAGUAUACCAUGUGUUGGAGAGCCAAGGAAGUGAGGCUUAAUAUGGUUUUCUUAUCCACAGAAACCCAGGAAUAAUCUUCUGUCACUUUUUGUUUGCUCUCAGAAAUAUUAUACCCAUGGGCAUAAAGUCUUUAGAGAGCAUCUUCUUGAUUUGAAAUUUAAAAUGGCACCCAGUUUAACUCAAUAGUCUCCUUCACGGUUACCUGCGCCAUGUUGAAAGGUAGCCAUGCCUUUGCAUUGAAGCGAGAUGACCAUUGAGCAUGCAAUGAAAGAGACCUUCUUUUGCACCUACAGAUAAUUAAUCACAGGUUUCUAUCAUUGCAAGCUCAAUGGUUGUCUCACUUUUAUUUUAUUUUAUUUGCUUUGUCACAAGGUGACUGGGAAGCCGCAACAGCGGGUAGCCAUUUACUGCAGACACUUAGAAGCUAUAAUAAUAAUAAUAAUAAAAAGUUGAUCGAUAAAAGCUUUGAAGGCACGGCUACCUUUCAAGAUGGCGCAAGUAACCGUGAAGGAGACUAUUGAACAAGCAAUCAGGAAAGCAAACAUAUGAAGUUAUUCAACAUGCACUUAACUUAAAUUACCAAUCUUCAAGAAUAUGCUGCAACAGACUCCAUGCCCAGAUCACUGCCAGCAAAGAAUAAGUGACAGAUGAUGAUUCAUGUGUUUGCUUUUUUGGUUAGAAAAUUUGCAGCCUUUUUAAUCUUAAAAUGUUUUGUAAAGAAGAAAAGGAAUAGAUGCUUAUGUUAUUCAUUGUAGGUAUUUGAGUUUUCCUCACUAUAAAGACAUUACUUGUAGAGUGUAGGUACCUUAUAUCCAUAAAACAACUACUUACUAUUUAGUACAUUCAAGUUAUCAACUAACUAAAGCCUAAUAUUCAAACAGUAUUACGAGUUUGACAUGCAAACAAAACAACUAGAUCAACUUAAUUGGGUUAAAAGUGGCACCUGAAUACAGUGGUUUUUUUCUAAGAAAAAUUAGAACUAGAUUGUUCUAGAGAUGUAAAAAAAAACUUUUAAUGUUUUAUUAGCGUUAAUAAUAGGCAGUUUUGUUACUUCCAUUGUGUUGUCCAUGCCAUGAUGCCAGUCAUUAUAUUAAGUAACAGUUAUCAACCAGGACCAUUAUAUCAAAAUACACUGCAACUUAAUGUCAUAUAUUCCAUAAUUAUAUUAAAAUAAUGUAUUAAAAACAAUAUAUUCUUCAGAAAUAUAGCUCUAGAAUACACCAUUUAUUUAAGUCAUACUUUUUAUACAAAUAGGUGAACAUGUAAAUKUAUUAUUUCAUGGAAUAUUAGUUUUACAUAGGCUUUAAGAACAAGUAAAUAUAYGCAUUUGUGCAAACAGAUUUUUGAUAGUGUCAACUAUGAUACAUAUUUCUAAAAUAUUUAGGAUACUACGCGCGCUGUGAUUGGUCGAAAACCAUGUUUGAUUACAGUAUCAAAACACGCUCGUUUCAUAUCGUAUCAAAAGUCAGAAU